AUGAACGUUUAAUAAGCAAAAGCAUCAUCUUUAAAGGAUUUUUAAAUAAUUUAAGAGUUAGGGAAAGGAUCUUUUAGUACAGUUUAUAAGGUAUUUGAAAAUAAUAGAGUGAGGUAAAAAGAAUAGCUGAUGGAUAAGAAUAUGCAUUAAAGAAAGUGAAAUUAGGAUCAUUAAAAUAGAAAGAGAAAGAGAAUGCAUUAAAUGAAGUUAGAUUAUUAGCUUCAAUUAAUAGUAAAUACAUAGUAGCUUAUAAAGUAUAAUAAGUAUUGAUAAAAUAGGAAGCUUUUUUUGAUGAUGAUUCUAAAUGUUUGUGUACUGUGAUGGAACUUUUAUCAGGAGGAGAUGUGUAUCGUAGAAUUACUUAGGCAUUAAAGGGAGGAUAACAAUUCUCAGAAUAAGAUAUAUGGAAAGCCUUGAUUCACAUGAUCUUAGGGUAUGAAUUUGUAGUUAAAUUAGAUUGAAAACACUUCAUGAUUAGAAAAUAGUACAUAGAGACUUAAAAUCAGCAAACGUUUUCCUUUCUUGUGAUGGAACAUUUAAAUUGGGAGAUCUAAAUGUGUCUAAAGUAGCUAAAUAAGGAUUUGUUUAUACUUAAACUGGAACACCAUAUUAUGCUAGUCCUGAAGUAUGGAGAGAUGAACCUUAUAAUUUAAAGAGUGAUAUAUGGUAUAUCUAUUUGUUUAGAUAAUAGGUCUUUGGGUUGUGUUUUAUAUGAAAUGUGUUGUUUAUAAACACCAUUCAGGGCUAAAGAAAUGGAUCUUCUUUUUCAAAAAGUUUAGAAAGGUUUAUAUGAUUAAAUACCCAACAAAUAUUCUUAAGAUCUUGCUCAUAUUAUUUCAUUGUUGUUGAAAACUCAAUCUGUAUCAAGACCUACAUGUGACGAAUUAUUAAAAAAUACAAUCAUCCUAAAUAAAAUGAGAGAUAUUGAAACAUACCUCAAUCAUUAACCGUAAAAUUAAGAACUUUUAAAAACUAUUUAAAUUCCAAAAACUAUUGAUUUAUUGAAUUCUUAAUUUCCAAAAUCUAAAUAUGAAAAUGAAAUCAUGAGUAUUGAAAGAAAUAUUGAAAAUAAAUCUACAGAAAAUUCAUCAAGUCCUUUUACAUCUCCAUAAUAAAUUUCUAAAACAUAAUAAGAUUCUAGAUUAAGUUAAGGAAAAGAUAGAUAAAUAGUUGAUAUAACUAAAAGUAUUGCUUAUAUCGAAAGAUAGAAUAAGCAUCCUUUAUUAGUUGAAGGACCUAGACCAUCAGCUUCAAGAAAAUUAGAAAAACCAAAAUCUGCCUAACCAUUAUAGCGUUAUGAGAAUAAUUAAAAAGUAUAAUUAGGAGAUUCUAAUGUUAAGAAUUAAUAAAUUAUUAAAUUGAAAGAUUCUGAAAAUCUAAGAAUUAAAAGAGAAAAUGAACUUAAAGCUAUUUAAUAAUUAAGAAAUCAAGAAAUCUAAGAAUUAAAAUCUAGAGAGCUUAGAGAUUUGAAAUAAGUUAGAGAUUACUCAAAAGGAAUAAUUGCAGAAAAUAGAAGAGUUUCUCCAAUAUCUUAAACUAGAUAAAAUGGAUAAUAUGGACAUUAUUAAUAUUAAAAUGGAAUCUCAAAGUAAUCUUACUCACCUAUUGUAAGAAAAGUAGAAAUGCCUAAGUAAUUUAUGUUAUAAACAUUUAGUAAUAGAAUAAUAUAUAGUCAAAUUUAAUGUAGACCUUAAAUAAGUCAAUCAAUCAAUAUUAGCAAUCCUAGUCUAUAGAUUCAUCAACCAAUAAGUCAUCCAGAAAAUCCAAUAAGCAAAAGAUAAUAGAUUCCUUAAUCAGCUGCUCCAGCUUCUUUAAAAUAUUCAUCAAAUCAAUAAUAAAAACCAAUUUCAGAUCGAUAAUAAUAUCCUCAAUCUGCAUUGCCAGCUAAAGUUUAGUAGUAAAAGUUAGAGAGAUCAUAAGUAUUUCCUGUUUAAGCAAGAGUUGUCAAAACUAGACAAAAUGAAUCAAAUAAAAAUUAAGCUAACAAAUAAACUAGACCUUUAUCAUCUAAUUAAGCACUUAAUGAUAGACAAAUAAAGUAAGAAUAUCAACCAUAAAAUAAUUAAAUUAAUUUAAAUUACAAUCAUUAUUAUCCUAUCGAAAACUAUUAAAAACAUGCAUCAGAUUAAAAUUUAAUUAAAUAUUAGUAAUAUUUGUUAAUUAUAUAUUUUAGAUAAAGACAAUAAAAUAGAUAAGUAAGACAGAAUAUAGAGGGUAGAAAAAUUUGA